UGACACUACUGACAGCCACAGCUUCCUUCCACGAAAAUAUUGCACCACAUCAUCGCAUCGUCUUUGUCUAAAAGUGCCGCUAGCCUAGCCUAGUCUCGCUACGGAUACCCCCCCCAAGCCCCCCCGGCGCAUCAGCAUCUCCAAAGCCCUAGGUUCCUAGCUACAGUCAUCUAUUUUUCCUCGAGUGACCGACCUGCACAGCAUCAUCUCCGCCUAGACCACCGUGCCGGUGCAGUCCCUCCACUCCGACUUCUGCGAUUCGCCUCACUCGCGUCGACCCUCCAAAAUAACACCAACACCACGCAAGCACAUCGCCCGAAAACGGCUGCUGGAGAUGAUAUAGCCCAUUGACUUCCUCGGCCCUGGGACGGACUGAGCCUCGAUCGCACUGCGAGCUGUACAGGAGAGAGGAACACGAGGAGGACGUCCGCCGACCACGAUUGCUACGGUACCGCAGCUGUAGCUGUAGCUAGCUGCUUGCUAUUCACUCGCGCUGGCUUAGUGUGCCGGCCGUUCAGCACUCAAUGAUUCGAGAACAGAAACAUCCUUCGGGUCCACGACCAGAAUACUCGCCCAACAAACAGUAUGUGCGGCCUUGUGUGGUGUGUAUUCCGUUGCCCUGGAUUCCUGCUAAUUGCGGCUGUAUGUGUAGGCAGGAGAACUACCACCCCAACACGAGACAGCGGGUACCAUCUGGCAGACAACCGACCCUCAGUACCUCAUCCAGCAAUCACAAUAAUCAUUCCCUCUACCAAUUUGGCUCGCUUGCUCCCGUAGACCAGACCGCAACCGGAGCCUUCGAUUUCCUGCCCUCACCCAGUUUCGACGACUUACACAGCAGCAUCUCGGGCGAGUCUUCUAAUGACUUCACCAACUCGUCCUCAGUGCUAGGAGGACCCACGCUUGGGGAGAAAAGAUCCAUCGCAGCCAUGACAGAGGGAAAGGGAACGGGCGUCGGCCGUGGUGGUGGUGGUGCCAGACCACAACCAGCGAGAGCAGGAUCAUUACUCGGACGGAGGCAGAGCACGUCGACACGCCAGAGUAGUAUUUCCUCAACAGCAUCGGCGGGUUCGGGGGCGAUGGAUCCACCAAACGCUCCUCUGGCCAUGCGUAAUCGACGACAAAGCGCAUAUCCACCAAUUUCGGGCAGCGGUACCGCAAAUUCUGCAAGAGCACCACGCAAGUCGAUAGGACCAGGGGUGAUCGAUUCCGACUUCACAAAGCCCACCCAAGGGCGACGUCCCAGUCUGGUGGCCAGCUCCUCUUCUCAGGGGUUGUCCGAUGCGAAUAACACGUCAACACGGGUCAAUGGUGGGCCAACGUACACAGAUGGAGCCCGACGGUUGACGGCCUCUCGAGCAGCAAAGACGAAAUCACUACAACCACCGUCAAGGCAAGGGCAGGCUAAUUUGACGAUCAAUGUGGGCACCCCGGAUCAUAGCAGCAGGAAUUCAUCGUUUGUAGCAAAGUCUCCAGCACGAGCGAACGGGAGGGGGGCUACGACGCCUUCCUCAUCCUCCAAACGAAUGUCAACAAUGCCCGGAUUGCCUCCAUCUUCUUCGCAUGCUUCUGGCUUAGGUGCAAGAACGGUGAGUCCAACAGAUGCUCGCCGGGCAAAGAGACUGUCAAUUCUGCAUGGCGUUCCUCCUAUGCCGAACACUCCACCGCAGCCGCAGCCGGAAGUAAAUACUGUUCGAGGCUCUUCCAGAUCCCCAUCGAUGUUGCCAAGAAAGAUUUCAACGCCAUUGUCUGCGCGAACCACGCCCGACCUUACCCGUAAGUCUUACGGCUCCGGCCUAUCUAUUGGGUCAACUGCGGGCUAUAACACAUCUCAAACCUCUACAGGUUCACUCCAACCACGAUUAUCACACCAACCCUCAUCCUCACGUUUACCUACGCCCAAACCUAGAAGUCUGAAUAGCUCCGCGGGAAAUAAUGAUGAUGAGGAGGUACCGCCUGUCCCAGCGAUUCCAAAAGCGUACGAAUCGCCAAAGGAUACGCCUGUCGAUCAGCCUUUCUUCAUCCAUAAACGAAAGUCUAAUAUGGGAUUCGAUACUAGUAGUAUAAAUAGCACAUCCACAACGAGCUUAUCAGGACGAGGCUCUCUCCGGGAACCCCUCAAGAAUGACAAACAAACAAAAACUCGAAGUUAUGUACCGACCACGUCGUCUUCAGAGAUGGAUCACAGCAAAACAACUCCGGUCAAUAACAACAAGAAGAAGAAUUUGAAGCCUUUGAGACUUCCACCUAUGAACCUAAUGCCGUUGAGCAAUCCCACCGCGGCCAAGGUUGCGGCACUUCAACAACACGAACCUGUUAUGGAUGGGAAUAUUACUCCCCCACAUCGAGUCAACACCAAAACGCCAAGUAGCCCUAUGACAGCUUCGAAAGCUUCUUUCUUCUCUAGGAACCGCCAUGAGGAUAAGACUGAACCAAAUCUUUCCCACAUGAGGAGUAGCAGCUCAAUCCAACGUUUUCAAUUGCGGUCGGGGUCUGCUCAGAUGAGCGGCAGUGGCUCUGAGACAGCAUCGAGGCCAAUCCCUAUGAAGAGCAACAACAAUAGACAGCAGAGGAAUACCGUUUCUCCAUUUAUAUCGUCAUCUCUACCAAAAAACAAUAGCGAGCAUUCUUUCAUGCCACGUUCGAAGACAAGUGGAGAUUUUAGCCACCAUGCUAAUGCCACUGAAGCCAUUCGCCCUCCUCGCCUGACCGGCCCUCGGGCUCCCAAAGCAGCUCCCAGAACCAUCAAGACUGAUACUCCACCUCAGGCCCCAAAUUCAGAGGAUCCUACGACCCCAUCUUCUGGGAAUUCUUUGCGUCGGAAGUUGAGCCUAGGGUGGAAAAGAAGUACGUCCAAAGGCAACAACAUCAUCUCUCAUGCUGCAAGCGAACGUGCUGAGCACGCUCCCCCUCCCCCAAAACAUGAUAAUAUGCCCCCUCCGCGCCUCCCGGCAUCAGCAACAGUGAACAACCUGAAUAGUUACUCUGUUCCCAGCCCCAGCCCAUCCGUAAAAUCCACUACAUAUCUGGAUUCCAAGCGUAGGAAAAGUUCGGCGUCAAGCCUAAGUGUUUUUGGUGGCCACGAUAGGACGAAGAGCGAUAGCUGGGGAGUUAAUGGCAGUCCAAAGAAGGAGGCUCCAGAUGCUCGAGCCGAGAAGCCUGCAACAGGGGCACGUACAACGUCAUCUGUUAUGCACAAAAUGCUGAGUUCAAAGUCGUCGACCAACACCAUGAAAGCAACAGAUCGUUGGACGGCUGAUUUGGACAAAGAUGACUUGAUCGCAGAGGAAUAUAUGAAAAAGCUUGCUUCGAAGAGAAAGGAAACCGAACAAGCUGCCAAGGUUCUGGAUGCACUCAGGAAGCGCGCCACACCCAAGGAGCGUGUCUCUGCCCAUCACGCACUUCAAAUCGCCAACCUAAACAUCUACGAACGUGGAGAAAUUGUGGAUUUCAAAGAAGUCUACUUCUGUGGAACGCAACAUGCUGCUAAGCACGUUGGUGAUCUCACUACUGAUGGGGCAAAUUUUGGCUACGAUGAUGAGCGUGGUGACUACAGCAUUGUGCCUGGAGAUCAUCUUUCGUACCGAUACGAGAUCAUUGACGUUCUUGGAAAAGGUAGUUUCGGACAGGUUGUACGAUGUAUUGACCAUAAGACCGGUGUUUUGGUCGCAAUCAAGAUAAUUCGCAACAAGAAGAGAUUUCACCAGCAGGCUUUGGUAGAGGUUAACAUCCUUCAAAAGCUUCGCGAAUGGGUAUGCAUACCGGACAUGAAUUCAACAGGACAAGCUAACAGUACUAGGAUCCUCAUAAUAAGCACAGCAUGGUCAACUUCACCCAAAGUUUCUACUUUCGUGGACAUCUUUGCAUUUCUACCGAACUCCUCGAUAUGAAUUUGUACGAGUUCAUCAAGUCGAACCAAUUCCGUGGCUUUCACCUGGAAGUCGUCCGACGAUUUACCAAGCAAAUGCUUAGCAGCUUGUUAUUACUAAAAUCGAAAAAAGUCAUUCAUUGUGAUCUCAAACCGGAAAAUAUUCUAUUGGCCCACCCAAUGCAUUCUGAGAUCAAGGUCAUCGAUUUUGGAUCUAGCUGUUUCGAAAACGAGAGGGUAUAUACAUAUAUCCAAUCACGUUUCUAUCGAUCACCAGAGGUUAUUCUUGGUAUGACCUAUGGUAUGCCCAUCGACAUGUGGAGUCUGGGGUGCAUAUUGGCAGAGCUUUUCACCGGCGUUCCAAUAUUUCCAGGAGAGAACGAGCAAGAGCAACUUGCCUGUAUUAUGGAGGUAUUUGGACCUCCAGAGAAACAUUUGAUUGAGAAAAGCACCCGGAGGAAGCUUUUCUUUGAUUCACUUGGCAAGCCGCGUCUUACGGUUUCAUCAAAAGGACGCCGUCGAAGGCCGUCAUCCAAAACUCUUUCACAAGUUUUGAAGACUGAUGAUGAAGCGUUUCUUGAUUUUCUGGCCCGCUGCCUGAGGUGGGAUCCUGAUCGAAGAAUGAAACCAGAUGAAGCUGUUAGGCAUGAAUUCAUUACGGGAAAGAAGGCUCCUCCAGCUUCCCGUACAGUUGUGCGGAACGAUUCGCCCAUGAAACGGCACAAUAUCGUCGCAACACCUGCUGGUAGUAAUCGGCCUCUUCCAGAGCCACCCGUUACGUGUUUUAAGAAUGGCGCAGCUGUCAGGAACCGAGAGGCUUCAGGCACAAGCCCAAGCAAGAGCAUAGCAGCUACUGCGCAUGCCCGCCGGAUAUCAAAUGCGGUUGGAACUAACAACACAGUCAGCUCCAUCGGCAGCAAACGUACCAGUACCGGGACCGUUUUAUCAUCUGGCAGCAGUCUUCCACGGGUGACGAGGAUCGUGAGCGCCAAACAAGAUCUCGCCUCGGCUGGCGCAUCAGCAGCGAUGAGUCGAAGAGUAUGAGAGGAUGAAGGGGAUGGGAUGUAAUAAUGAACGAGAAAAACGCCACAGACAUGGUACAUACACGAAAAAGAUAAUUUCAAUUGGGUUGCUUUCUCUUUUAUGGGCGUGAAUUGAAUGAAUCAUAGAUAUGGGGUAGGGUGGGGGUCAUUAAUUCUUUUCCGUCAGUCUUUUCCUUGCGUUUUGUGCAUAGUUUGCGGGGCGUUAAUUUACGUUUUGGCUUCGCUGUUUUUGUUUUUUAAGCUACUUGUUUUUUCUUGUUAAGACUAUCAUACCCCUUAUUGUUUCACUAAAGCGAGUGUGGAUGGGCAAAAAUAACAUAAAUGGGAAAGGGCAGCGAGCGCAUCGUUGGGGGGGUUUUGUGGGAAUUGAUUUUUUCUUAACUCUCCUCUACUUACUUUCUUUCCAGGAACGCAGGUGAGGAGGUUAGCGUUUCUUUUAUAUAUCUUAUACAGUAUUGUGGUUUCUGGCUGGCUGGCUGCAGAGCGGUUGGCUUGCUGUUACAUUGACUCAAGAAGAGUGAGUGGUAUGAGGAGCGAUGGGGGUGUGGGAGAUAGAAUGGGCUUGCUUGCAUGAUGAGGGUGUUCUUUUUUUUUGUUGCCGGGCGCUGUUGUCGGCAAUGGGAUGAUGGAUGAUCAAUGAUGGGCUUUGAAGAACGGGAGACUAAAUAUUUCUUGUACUGUACCUAGCUAGCUUGAGAAAUACUUUUCUACGGCUGGGUUUGGGAGGGGGUAGAGUGGUGCGUUCGUUGUUGGGUUAUUAGAUGUAUACAGAGUGUUGAAGCCUG